AUGGUGUCGCUUUGGGGCAGCAAGAAUAAUCAGGAAGAGCAAGACGAGGAUCAAGAGAAUGGCAGACCAACUACCUCAACAUCACAGACAGAUACACCUCGACAGUCCGAAGAAGCCAACGAGCGUUCGAGGCUUCUUCCUCCUCCUCCUGACCGCAGAGGCUAUCUAAGCCCUGACGACCCAGCAGUAUCCCCAUACAAUCUCUGGUCGGUGCGAGCACUGCGAUGGUUCGAAAUCAUCUUCCUGGUGAUCACGUUCUUGUGGUGGGUGCUGUUGCUGGUGUCGAUAUUUGUCAGUCCACCCCGAUUUAACUCGCGAGGCUCUGGAUUCUUCGACUUCUCCUUCACCUCAUUGACCAUCGGCAAUCUCCUGGUCGGUCUUAUCUUCUUCGCCGUGCCGUCAUCAGCCAUGAGCAUACUGAGCAUGUCCAUCUCGGUGCUUCUUCUGAUUGACAUGAUCAUCAUCUUGGCUGUACCUCAGAUUCGAGUCGAAGAGGGAUGGGUCGGAAUUGCUUCUGUGGUUUGGGCAGCAUUGAUUGCUUUGUACAAUGUCAUCACGAACCGAACUGUUAAAUGGGGCAAAGCUGAAGAAGAGGAACGUCUAACAGGAAGACAAGAGACAAGAAGAACGCUGAAGGAGUGGUUGGCCAUACUCCUUGCUACAGUCAUUAUGGUUCUGUAUGUCAUCAUCGUCAUCCUGCUCACGGCUGUCCUCGUCCUUCGAUCUCGAGACGCAACCCUUGCAGCUCCUGGCGAGCGAUACUUGGUUGACGGUGACAAAUAUCGAGUCCACGUCGCUUGUGAAGGCAACCAAACAUUUUACAAGGAUGGUUCGCCUAAACCUACUGUGUUGUUGGAAGGCGGCUAUAUGCCAGUAUUUGACAGCAUGGAAGAUUGGGUCUACGACGCUCGCAAGAACGGCACCAUUGACAGAUACUGCUGGUGGGAUAGACCUGGCCUAGCAUGGUCAGAGAAUGCUCCUUCUCCACAUUCUGCUGGCAUGUCAGCCGGUGCUCUUAGCGAAGCGCUCGCCAUCCGAGGGGAGGAGGGACCAUUCAUUCUGGUUGGUGCCGGUAUUGGUGGCAUCUACACACGUAUCUUCUCUGCCCGAAACGUGCGAAACAUUGCAGGUAUUAUGCUCAUCGACGCCCUUCACGAGGAUCUGCUCUACCGCGUCUCAAGCCCAGGUCGAGGUUUCGUCCUUUGGGGUAGAGGUAUCAUUUCUCCUCUCGGUCUCGAUAGACUGUCAGGUGCUCUUUUCAAACAUCGAACCAAGGAAGAUCGUGUCUACGGAAAGUCAGCCUACCAAGGUGGCAAGUUCAUCAAGAACAAGUUGCAGGAGAAUUUGGUCGCAGACUCCUUGACCAAGAGCGAAGUCAAGUCAGCCACCAAUAUUCAACAGCCUGAAGUCCCGCUGGUUGUGAUCACCAGUGGCCGUCACAUCAAGACAGAUGAUGUUUGGGAGGAAAAACAAAAAGCUUUGACAAAGAUCACAGACAACCUGCUUGGAUGGGAGAUUGUACAGAAGGCACCGUCUGAGGAAGUGUGGAGAGUUAAAGAAGGCCGUGAUGCACUGGAACACUGGCUCGGAAAGCUGUACAGCUAUCGCAUGAAGACGAAGUCGGAAGAGGAACAAUAA